AUGGCCUCGCGUCGCAAGGUCCUCUUGAAGGUACGCAUCUGCAACACGCAGAGUUCCGCCUGGGUACCUAUCAACUGACACCGAGGUACGGUGACAAUGACGAGCAGGUGAUCAUUCUGGGUGAUAGUGGGUACGUACACCGAUCGUGCCUCGUGCCGCGUCCUUCGCUUCGGCUACGGCCAGUUCGAGGUCGCAUCUAGGUGUCCCAUGAACUGCCCAUCUCAGCAUAAACACUUUCCCCGCCUGCAAGCUCAAUUAACUCCAUCCCGUCCCUCGCUGCAGAGUCGGCAAGACGUCGCUGAUGAACCAAUACGUCAACAAGCGCUUCUCGAACCAAUACAAGGCCACCAUCGGCGCCGACUUUCUGACCAAAGAAGUCAUGGUCGAUGAUCGACUCGUGACCAUGCAGGUGAUUUACACGCACAAACCACUUUGGCAGAUGAGAAAGGCGUGGGACCGGUCCGAACUCGGAACGGCAACUGACCUUUGCCCCUUGACCGACUCUGACUUCCGACUUAGUUAUGGGACACGGCCGGCCAGGAGCGUUUUCAAUCGCUCGGCGUCGCCUUUUACCGAGGUGCGGAUUGUUGCGUCCUCGUGUACGACGUCAAUUCGAGCAAGUCGUUCGAGACGCUCGAUAGUUGGAGGGACGAGUUCUUGAUUCAGGUUCGUUUCCGUUGCCUCGUUCACGCAAUGUGGGAAUCAGCACAAAGGACUGGUCGGAGAGCUGAUUAUGUGGAAUGGGGCGAUCGGACAGGCCUCGCCGAGAGAUCCGGAGAACUUUCCAUUCGUUGUGAUUGGGAACAAGGUUGAUGUCGAGGAGGGUAAACGGAUGGUCAGUCCUUGCCCGCGUAACCUCUCCGGCACCGACCGAACCGCAAGAACUCACCUUUUGAAUCACUGGCCACCCCGCGCGACAGGUCUCGCAAAAGCGAGCGAUGACGUGGUGCCAAUCCAAAGGGAACAUCCCUUACUUUGAAACCUCGGCCAAAGAGGCGAUCAACGUCGAGCAGGCGUUCCAGGCCGCGUGCAAGAACGCGCUCUCGCAAGAGUCCGAGGCCGAUCUGUAAGUUCAGAAUGCUUUUUAAGAGUGAUUUGGCGGGUGAACUAAGCUAUUCUGGAGUUGAACUCGGAAUAGGUAUUCGGACUACCCGGACGCGAUCAAGAUCAACGCGCACGAUGCGGACAAGUCGAACGGCUGCGCUUGCUAA